AUGUUCGACGUCGUCGUUAUCGGUGCCGGCCUAAGUGGUCUUCAGGCUGCCUACACUGCCCGACAGGCUGGCCUAUCUGUCGCAGUCGUCGAAGCCAGAGACCGCGUUGGUGGAAAGACGUGGAGUGUGCCGUUAGCUUCAGGGCGUGGAUACGCCGAUCUGGGAGCUGCUUGGGUCAACGUCAACACACAAAAACGAAUUGCUGAAUGGGUUCGGAGGUUCAAGCUCCCUAUGGUGGAGCAACGACUGGUAGGAACAGCGGUGAUGCAGGUGUCUUCAAAGGAGAGGAUUGAGUUUCCUUUUGGUAUCACGCCCGAGUUUACGCCAGAGGAGAAGAAGAACCUCGAAACCAUCCGCGACCACAUUCAAGCUGAAUCUCUAAAGCGCGAAGCCCCGAAGCCUGAGGACGACAAAGUGUCUUUGGACGAAUACGUGAAGAAGCUUGGUGCACUGCCCAAGACAGUUGCUAUGAUCAACCUCUGGGUCAAGGUCAUGCACGGUGUUGAAUCUAGCGAGGAAUCAGCCGCUUGGUUUAUUGAGUACUGUCGUUGCAACAGAGGCCUAUUUUCCAUUCGGGCAGAUGACAAGACCGGAGGAAACUACCAGCGCUUCCAUAAUGGCACACAGCAAAUUGCGAAUGGCAUUGCCGAGUUGAUUGGACACAGCAACAUCCACCUUUCCGCACCGGUCGCGUCCAUCGAGAACAACCAAACUCACGUUACAGUGAUUACCACUAAAAACCAGCGUUUUGUUGGAAGAAAGGCCAUUGUUUCGAUUCCUAGCGCCAUGCUCCAUGAGCUUAAUUUCUCUCCAGCCUUGCCGUCAAGGGUACGGGAGGUCACAGACUCUGCCAGACUAGGCCACUACAACAAGUGCAUCUUGUUCUACGACAAGCCGUGGUGGAGAGACCUCGGCUACAACGGCUUCUUCAUGUGCUACGAAGGCCCGAUCACACUUGCUCGCGAUACCAGCGCCGAUGAGGUGCGUCAAUUCUCUCUCACUUGUUUCGUCAAUGGCAAGUUUGGUGAGGAUUGGUCCAAGCUGUACCCCCACGAGCGUCGCAGCCAGGUGAUUAAGCAGGUUGCCAAGGUUUUCAACGUUGAUGAGAGCUCAGAAGCAUACCGUCCUAUUGAGGUCUUUGACCAGAUCUGGAAACAUGAGCAGUACAGCAGGGGCGCACUCGCGCCGAUUACUGCCAUUGGUCAUUUGACUGAAUAUGCCGACGUCUAUGGGAAGCCUGUUGGCAACCUUCACUUCGUCGGUACGGAAUACUCAAACGACUGGAAGGGCUACAUGGAAGGAGCCUUGGCUUCCGGGGAGCAAGGUGCUAAAGAGGUCAUCGGGGCUGUUCAGCGCUCACCGCGAGCCAACUUGUAA